AAAAAGAGAGAGAAAAAACACAGUCCCUCCCACUACUCUCACUCCCGCCCUCCCCACUCUCUCUGUGUUUUCUGGCUGCCUCAUUAGAGAGAUGAUGACGAUGAUGAUGGUGGCGAUGAUGCUGAUGAUGAUGAUCAUGACCAUGAUGAUGAUGAUGAUGUUGAUGGUGAGGAAGGAUUUCAGUUGCGAAGCCGAUUAAUCGGCGAGUCGAAUCGAGCGUGUUCUCCGUUUGGAUCGCGUGUGGCGAUUGAGCGUCCGGGGGGGAAAUGCAGGAGGAGAGGGAGAGAGAGAAGGAGGGAGGGCCUACUGCUUCUGCUCCUACUGCUGCAUUGAGUGGCGGAGGAGGGGGCGGGGCGGCUGCCGCGUCGUCGCCGCCGGUGCAGCAGGGCAGCUGCUGCGGCGAGGAGGGGAGCGAGGAGGAGCUGUCCGUGCUGCCGAGGCAUACCAAGGUGGUGGUUACUGGAAACAACCGCACCAAGUCGGUGCUUGUCGGCCUCCAGGGAGUCGUGAAGAAGGCCGUCGGCCUCGGCGGCUGGCAUUGGCUCGUUCUUACGAAUGGGAUAGAGGUGAAACUGCAGAGAAAUGCUCUUAGCGUGAUUGAAGCCCCCACAGGUCAUGAAGAUGAUGAUGACAUUGAGUGCGAUAAUGGUCAAUGGCAUUGCUCUGAUAUAGCAUCUGAUGACAAUCAAAAGUCUCAUAGGCCGAAGCAGAGACACCACAAGUCUGUAGGAUCUGCACAUAAGACUAUUAUCAAAUCCAAUUCCCUUGAUUCUCAUUCAAAGGUUUCUGUUUCGCCCUCACGAGGAGGAACGAAUGUUGACCUAAGCAAGCUAGAAACAACCGCUCUGUGGAGAUAUUGGAGGCAUUUCAAUCUCGUGGAUUCAAUACCUAAUCCCUCGAAGGAACAGCUGAUCGAUGCUGUACAGAGGCAUUUUAUGUCUCAGCAAUUGGACGAGUUGCAGGUCAUUGUUGGGUUCGCGCAGGCGGCGAAGAGGUUGAAGACUGUCUGCAAUUAAUCGCUCAUUCUAGUAGAGGGCUUCAGUUUUUUCAUCAAGUAACGCAAGACUACCGUUCUUUAAUUGGGUAUGUGUGGGUUACCUUUGUAUCAUAUAAAAAUGUAUCUCCCUUUCCCUUCCUUGGUGCCUCUCUUUCCGCUCAGGUGUUUGCAGAUGUGGUGGUAGUGUUGUCCAUGCCUGUAAUAUAUCUUAUUAUAUAUAAGAUCGAUAUGUUCUCGUA